UUCGGUUUCUGCGGUCUAUAGUUGGCUCUUUCCGGCGCUAACCCCUACGGACUCGCUGAGACUUGACGUCCAUUCUUCAAAAUUUCUAUUCUCAUAUCCAAAGUUUUCUCUCCGAUCAAACCCAUUGUGUCGUCUCUCGGAGCAUAUUCUCCUCUUCCGUCAUCCUCUACCAAUCCACCAUUACACAGGUCUCAGCCUCUGUGAUAUGACUGAGCAAAGCUGCAUCUGUUAACACAUCUUGCUCACCUCAUUUUGCAGUGAUGAUACCCAUGCUGUAAACCUUCACGGACAGCUGUACAGGCACUUUGUUCAGUGACAAUUCAAGUUACUAGCUAAAUCUUAGUUGAAUCUCCUGUCGAUCAUAUUAUCCAUCAUCUUUUGAGGAUGAAUAUGCAGCAAGCUGUGCAGACCAAAUCUUCUGUCAAUGGAUUUGGCCGUCGUAAGCUGCAGAAUGCAAAAGCAAAUUCCAUCCGGUUGACAAGUGCAGGUAAAGGGGGAGGGUUUGAAAGCUCUCCACGUGAUCGACUAUUUUAUGUAACUGCAUGCCUUAUUGGACAUCAAGUGGAAGUACAGGUGUUGGAUGGUUCAGUUUUUUCAGGGAUACUUCAUGCAACUAAUGCGGAUAAGGAUUUUGAUAUUGUUCUGAAAAUGGCUCGCUUGGUAAAAGAUGGUUCUCGUGGACAGAACUAUACUUCUGAAUCCCUUAGCAAGCCUGCAUCAAGGACAUUCAUAAUUCCAGCUAAAGAGCUUGUGCAAGUUACAUCUAAGGGUGUGCAUUUAACCCCAGAUGAUGUAACAAAUGAGUACCAGCGGGAAAAGCAGCAUGAGUUAAUGACUGAUUCAUGCAUAUCGCAAUCUCGGUCUAUUGAGGUGGAGCGAGAGUUGGAACGCUGGGUACCUGAUGAUGACACUCCUGAGUGUCCUGAACUGGAUAAUAUAUUUGAUGGCCAUUGGAAUAGGGGCUGGAAUCAAUUUGAAGUAAAUGAAACACUGUUUGGAGUAAAGAGCACAUUCAAUGAGGAACUUUAUACAACAAAGCUUGAGAGAGGCCCUCAGACGAGGGAUCUCGAAAGAGAAGCCUUGAGAAUUGCACGAGAAAUAGAAGGCGAGGAAACCCAUGAUCUUCACCUGGCUGAAGAAAGAGGAGCUCAACUUCACGGAAACAAUGAAAUUGAUGAGGAAACUCGAUAUUCAUCAGUCUUUAGGGGGGUUGAUGAUAGUGGUUGUGAUGAUUGUGAGGACAUUUUGUUGGAUUCGCGCAAUGAUGAAACAUUUCAAGAUGUCUCUAGUUCAGUCAUGGUAAAAUCGUUCACCAGCAUGAGCAGCAAAAGAUCUAAUGAUGGAGCUCAAGAACCAUCACGAACUUCAUCUAUGGAUGAAGCUCAGUUGUCUCUAUUGAGUACUUGUGGGGCUAUCUCUUUGAUUGGUUGUGACAAUCAGGCAAAACAGCUGUCGGCUGAACAUGUUUAUGUUAUGGAUGAUAGCAGGGUUCAUGAGAUUCAGAUUAGUGAACAAACUGGAACUAGUUGCUCUAACACAGAUGUUGGAAAGCAAAUGCCAGUUGAAGAAGGGAGUGAAGUGUUAAAAUCUGAGGCUACUUGUAGAUCGCAUGAAACUAAAAAGGAACCCUCUGAUAUGAGUGGAUUAUCUUCAGAUAUGCCUGAGGGCCAGGGGAAGAUUAGAGGAACGGCACAAUCUGCUAAUUCUUGUACCCACAGUUCAGUUGUAUCUACUUCGGACGGAGGUGGUACUGCCUUAGUUUCAGCUGGUAGUGGAUUAUCAAAUAGCUCAUCUGUGAGUUCAUUGUCCUCAGAAAAAUCAAAUUUGAAUCCACAUGCUAAGGAGUUCAAACUAAAUCCUAAUGCAAAGAGUUUUCUCCCAUCCCAAUCACCUUUAAGACCUGCAUCUCCAGUUUCAGAUGGUUCCUUCUACUACCCAACAAAUGCGUCUCCUGUUCAACACAUGCAUGGCAUGCCUGUGGGUGUUGGGAUUGGACCAUCCUAUGCUGGACAUCAGCCGGUUAUGUUUAAUCAUCAGGUUGCACCAACGCCGCAGCCAUAUUUUCAUCCAAAUGGACCUCAGUAUGGGCAGCAGAUGAUAAUUGGCCACCCUCGGCAAGUUGUCUACAUGCCAACCUACCCUCCUGAAAUGCCAUACAGGAGAGGAGAUUUUUAACUGGACAAUUGACACAAUAUAUCCUGCAACUUCUCAACGCAUUGCUGACUGAUGUAGGAAUAAUUUUUUACAUUAGACUGCUCAGAACAGUUCUUUAGGGUGAACACCGGGAUUGGAUAAUGUAUCCAGCCAACAAUUCUCUAAGCAUUCUGGGCAAUGUGGAAAAUCAGUCAUUUGAGUCAUCAUAUAAUGGUUCUGUAGGAUUUAAGCUAUAGCUUGAUGGAGUCUCUCAAGUGUUCUUUAUCACCGAUUUUAAUCAUCCCCAAAAUUGGCUAGGUAGGUUAAGUUUAUCUUAUACCAUGUUGUACAAGUUCAUCUCCCCGGCUAAAGCUGUGGUUGCUGAUGCUUUGCACUUCGACUUUAGUUAACCUUUCUUAUGCUGUUGCUGAAUUUACUUUGUCUCUUACAAGUGUCAUAAUGUAAACAACCGUGCCGUCUUUGUUAGAUUCAUUGUGAAUUGGGAUUGGUCA